UUGGGAACGCCCAAUCAGACGUUUCAUAAAGCGAUAAGAACGGCGUUCUUCGACUGCUUCUUUGCAAGGCAAAAUUGAAAGUAGAUGUGCUGCUGUGAAAGUGGUAAAGAAUAAUUAAACAUGCAUCUUAUAAACUGCGUCUGUCUGCUGCACCUGAUGCUCGGGAGUGUGACGGGAGAGUGUGACGGGUCGUCCGACUGCGAGGUUCUCUACGAUAGAAGCAUCACCGAAAUCCCCGCCACCCAGAAAGCUGGCAUCACCCGGGUCUAUUUCGUGGGCAGCCAGAUUUCCACCAUCCCCGACCGAGCCUUCAUCAACAGUCCGCAGCUGGAGACUCUGGAGUUCCUCGACAUGCCCAUCGUGGCCGUCGAAACGCAUGCCUUCGAAGGUUUGGGCAGGUUGAGGUUAAUCGAAAUUUCCGUUACGAAUCUGACGUCGUUGCCCCUGGGCGUGUUUCAGAACCUGCCGAGCCUCGAGAAGCUGGUUCUCAAACUCAACAGAAUCCAGAAGCUUGAGAAGGGACUGUUUGAUGGCCUGAUGCUGAAAGAGCUUAAUCUUCACACCAAUGAAAUCGCCUCGAUCGACGAGGGAAUUUUCGAUCAGCUUGAAAACCUCACAUUCCUCCACCUGGCUAGGAAUAAAAUCUCCUCCAUCUCCACGGCACUGUUCGCAAAACUCAGUAAAUUGCAGAAGCUCAGACUCUACGAGAAUGGCAUCAGUGCCAUUCCUCCUGGGAUCUUCGAUGAUCUACCGGAUCUGAAAGAAAUCGCCUUACAGGGCAACAAGAUAACAGAGAUACCACCGCAUUUAUUUUCAAAAAAUACCAAUUUGGAAACAUUAUCUUUAGAGAAUAAUCUUUUGUCUGAAUUGCCUUCUGAAAUUUUUGUGGGACUUCCUAACAUAAGAUUUUUGACCCUUCAGCAGAAUCAAAUAGCCAGCCUGCCUCCCAUGCUCUUUGGCGAAAUGCUUAGAUUGUUCGACCUUAAUCUCAAUGGGAACAAUCUCACUGUCCUUCCUGCGGGAAUAUUCAGUCCCUUAAACAAACUCUGGAGGCUUGACUUAUCGCAAAACAAGUUUACCUCUUUGUCCAAGGAGUAUUUUGAAGGCCUUGUGAGACUUGCAGACUUGAAUCUAGAGAAAAAUAUGAUUGAGUCAUUAAAACCGAAAAGCUUUGAACAGAUGACAGAGCUGCGUACCCUCCGGCUGGCACAUAACAAACUGAGAACUCUUCCUGAAGGGAUAUUUGACUCUUUACCAAAACUUAUCAGGGUAUAUCUGAACAACAACCCCUGGCACUGUGACUGCAGGCUGAUAUCGUACUUUAACUGGAAGAAAGCGAACACAAAAAAGAUCAGGUCCUCUCCACCAGAGACUUGUGAAUCUCCUGAAAGUUUGAAAGGACAAGAAGUCAUGUCUCUCACAGAAGAUGAGCUGAUAUGCCCAUCCACUCCUGCAAUCGCCACUACUGUGCCUCUCACCACAACAACCAGCACUACUGUUGCCAUGACAACAGAAUUACCCACAACAACCGUCCACAUGACCACACCACCCCCCAAGCAACAACCGCCUUCCCAAGAGUGUGGCAGGUGGCUCGACUGCAAGGUUCUCUACGAUAGAAGCAUCACCGAAAUCCCCUCCACCCAGAAAGCUGGCGUCACCGGGGUUUAUUUCGUGGGCAGCCGGAUUUCCACCAUCCCCGACCGAGCCUUCAUCAACAGCCCGCAGCUGGAGACUCUGGUAUUCCUCGACAUGCCCAUCGUGUCCGUCGAAACACACGCCUUCGAAGGUUUGGACAGUUUGAGGUUGAUCGAAAUUUCCGUUACGAAUCUGACGUCGUUGCCCUUGGGCGUGUUUCAGAACCUGCCGAGCCUCGAGAGGCUGAUUCUCAAAAUCAACAGAAUCCAGAAGCUUGAGAAGGGACUGUUUGACGGCCUGUGGAUGCUGAAAGAGCUCCAUCUUCACAUGAAUGAAAUCGCCUCGAUCGACGAGGGAAUUUUCGAUCAGCUUGAAAACAUCACAUUGCUCCACCUGGCUAGGAAUAAAAUCUCCUCCGUCUCCACGGCACUGUUCGCAAAACUCAGUAAAUUGCAGAAGCUCAGACUCUACGAGAAUGGCAUCAGUGCCAUUCCUCCUGGGAUCUUCGAUGAUCUACCGGAUCUAAAAGAAAUCACCUUACAGGGCAACAAGAUAACAGAGAUACCACCACAUUUAUUUUCAAAAAAUACCAAUUUGGAAACAUUAUCUUUAGAUAAUAAUCUUUUGUCUGAAUUGCCUUCUGAAAUUUUUGUGGGACUCCCUAACAUAAGAUUUUUGACCCUUCAGCAGAAUCAAAUAGCCAGCCUGCCUUCCGUGCUCUUUGGCGAAAUGCUUAGACUGUAUGAACUGGAUCUCAACGGGAACAAUCUCACUGUCCUUCCUGCGGGAGUAUUCAGUCCCUUAAAAAAACUCAGCAAGCUUGACUUAUCGCAAAACAAGCUUACCUCUUUGUCCGAGGAGUAUUUUGAAGGCCUUGUGAGACUUGCAGAAUUGAAUCUACAGAAAAAUAUGAUUGAGUCAUUAAAUCCGAAAAGCUUUGAACAACUGACAGAGCUGAAAACCCUCCGGCUGGCACAUAACAAACUGAGAACUCUUCCUGAAGGGAUAUUUGACUCUUUACCAAAACUUAGCAGGGUAUAUCUGAACAACAACCCCUGGCACUGUGACUGCAGGCUGAUAUCGUUCUUUAACUGGAUGAAAGCGAACACAAAAAAGAUCAAGUCCUCCCCGCCAGAGACUUGUGAAUCUCCUGAAAGUUUGAAAGGACGAGAAGUCAUGUCUCUCACAGAAGAUCAGCUGAUAUGCCCAACCACUCCUGCACUACUGUGACUCUCACCACAACAACCAGCACUACUGUUGCCAUGACAACAGAAUUACCCACAACAACCGUCCACAUGACCACACCACCCCCCAAGCAACAACCGCCUUGCC